GUCAAACGAACUUGUCAAAUGUGUUCCGGUAUGAUAUUAGCUGCAAAAUAUUCGUGUUUCGCUUGAAGGAGACACGUAUGCUUUCCCACAGGAAGAAGGUGUCUAAAGGCAACUGGUUUCGCGGACCUAUGGUAACUUACGCGUUACGUGACAAUCUUAUUAAUUGGAUUAGCUGAGUCGAAGCCUCCCGUGAACGACAGUACCAACCUUCGGUAAAGUCGUGUAUUGUUACUCAUAUAUUAUCUGCGUGUGGUAGACCAGUGUUCGCGAUCUGUCUAUGGCGACUUUGUAAAGAACUCCCAACUCUUGUUCAGGUGUUAAUGUUUCAGACAGUGUGUCAACGUCAGCACCGAUCGCUUGUCACGUCUUUUCAAACAACAUGGACACCUACGGCCAGCGGUUGGACUCCAUGUCGAGCAAAGCUUACAAGAAGAAGGGCAUUUCUUCCCACCACGGUUCGCACUAUGACGAUGGAAUUCGCAAGCCAAAGUUUCACCUUCCAUUUAAAAAUAUAACAGAUGAUGUGCUCGACAGGUUUGCCAGUAUACGAAUACCAGGCAGCAAAAAGGAGCGGACUCCUUUUCAGAAUUCUGAGCACAGCGCUGCGGAUUGGUCCAAGUUUUCAUCAUCAACCUCACAACAGGUGGAAGAUCUUUCUUCAAAGAUCACCUCGGAGAAGGAAAUCUUGGCCUUGUUUGAGAAGAUGAUGGAGGAUAUGAACCUGAAUGAGGACAAAAAGACCCCGUUGAGAGACAAGGACCUUAACACGAAGAGAGAAAUGGUUAUUCAGUAUAUUUGUACUGCUUCUAAAGCUGGAAGCUUAAGAAGCAGCCACCAGAUUUCUCCUCAAGAAUUUCUGGCAGAGCUGAAGUCUGGGGCAAUGGAUGAACGUCUUGUUGCUUGUCUUGACUCCCUGCGAGUCUCUCUUACCAGCAAUCCUGUCAGUUGGGUGCAGAGCUUUGGGCAUGAGGGUCUCGGUCUGCUCCUGGACAUUCUGGAGAGACUGCUGUUCAAGAGACAGCAGGAAAAGAUUGACAAAAGAAACCAACAUAAAGUUGUCCAGUGUCUGAAGGCCUUCAUGAAUAACAAGUAUGGCUUGGACCGAAUUCUUGGGGAAGAUAGAAGUCUUGGACUGCUAGCAAGAGCCAUUGAUCCUUCCCAGCCUGCUAUGAUGACUGACGUGGUGAAGCUCCUGUCUGCCAUCUGCAUUGUUGGCGAAGACAACAUUUUGGAAAAAGUCCUUGAAGCCAUCACGACAGCAGGGGAUUGGAGAUCUGUGGAGAGGUUCAGUCCCAUCGUGGAAGGACUGCAGGAUCGCUCUGUUCAGUUACAGGUGGCGUGCAUGCAGCUCAUCAAUGCACUGGUGACAUCCCCAGAUGAGUUGGACUUUAGGCUGCACCUCAGAAAUGAAUUUAUGCGCAGUGGUCUGAAAGACAUAUUGCUGAAACUGACUGUUGUCAGGAAUGAAGCCCUUGACAUUCAGCUGAAGGUAUUUGAAGAGCACAAAGAAGAGGACAUGAUGGAGUUUUCUCACAGGCUGGAGGACAUCAAGAAUGAGCUUGAUGAUGCGGGGGAUGUGUUCAGCAUUGUACUGAACGUGGUGAAGGACAGCAGUGCUGAACACCAUUUCCUCUCAAUACUGCAGCACCUGAUGCUGAUACGCAAUGACUACUUGGUCAGACCACAGUACUUUAAAAUCAUUGACGAGUGUGUGUCUCAGAUAGUGCUGCACCGCAGCGGCAUUGACCCGGACUUUAGCUAUCGUAAGCGCCUGGAUGUUGAUUUCAGCCACCUUAUAGAUGUGUGUGUCGAUAAAGCUCGACUAGAUGAGUAUGAACAAAGAGCUUCUGAGCUGGCCCUGAAGUUUGAGGAGGAAUUCUUAAGCAAGCAGGAGGCGCAGUCUAAACUGGUGAAAUCUGAAGAACGAGUAACUGAGCUUCAAGCUGAAUUGCAGGCCUUCAGAUCACAGUUUGGUGCAAUGCCUGCUUGCCAGAUUGCACCCACGUCGCCUUCCUCCGUGACCGCUACGGUGCCACCACCUCCUCCCCCACCACCACCCCCACCACUACCUGGUCUACCUGGCUGUCCAGCACCCCCUCCUGUGCCUGGAGUGCCUCCUCCAUGUGGUGCACCUCCUCCUCCACCUCUUGGGUUGCUGGGAUCUCCAGCUUCUCAUGUGCUGCCUUAUGGUCUGAAACCAAAGAAGGAAUUUAAGCCUGAAAACUCCAUGAAGCGUUUCAACUGGUCUAAGAUUCGUCCACAAGAAAUGUCAGAGAGCUGCUUCUGGGUUCAGGCCAAUGAGGACCAGUAUGCCAAACCAGAUUUGCUCCAGAAAUUUGCCCUCACAUUUGGUUCUCAAAGAGCAGUAAAAGCCGAAGACCAAGAGAUGGAGCCGAAGAGAUCUGUCAAGAAGAAAAUUAAAGAGCUUAAAGUGCUUGAUGCUAAGAUGGCACAGAAUCUUUCCAUCUUCCUGGGUUCCUUUCGCAUGCCUUAUCAAGAAAUCCGUCGAAUGAUUUUGGAAGUGGAUGAAAAACAACUGACUGAGCCUAUGAUUCAGAACCUGGUGAAGAACCUACCAGAGCAGGAGCAGCUAAAUGCGCUGACCAAGUUCAAGAGUGAAUAUGCAAAUCUCUCAGAGCCUGAGCAGUUUGGGGUUGUGAUGAGCAGUGUGAAGCGACUUCGCCCUCGCCUCAGCCACAUCCUGUUCCGCCUGCAGUUUGAAGAGCACGUCAACAACUUGCGCCCAGACAUUCUGGCGGUAAGCGCAGCUUGUGACGAGGUCAAGAAUAGUCGCUUCUUUGGCCACCUGUUGGAACUGGUGCUACUGUUGGGAAACUACAUGAACUCUGGUUCGCGAAAUGCCCAGUCCUUCGGCUUCGAUCUGAGCUCCCUCUGCAAGCUCAAAGACACCAAGUCAGCCGACCAGAAGACAACAUUACUUCACUUUCUUGCACAACUCUGCGAGGAGCAAUAUCCAGAUGUGAUCAAGUUCAUUGAUGACCUUCACCAUGUGGAUCGAGCAAGUAGAGUGUCUGCAGAGAAUCUGGAAAAGAGCCUCCGGCAGAUGGAGAGGCAGCUGUUGCAGCUGGAGAGAGACCUUGAGACCUUUGCCUCCUCCGAUGACCCCAGUGACAUGUUCUCCACCAAAAUGAUGAGCUUCAGUGAAGAGGCACGAGAGCAGUAUGCCAAACUGGUGAUCAUACACAGCAAUAUGGAGACACUCUAUCAAAAUAUGCUCCAAUACUUUGCUAUUGACCCCAAGAAGACCUCUGUGGAGGAGAUAUUCACCGAUCUAAGCAACUUCCGCUCCAUGUUCAUUCAAGCCCUGAAGGAGAACUUGAAACAACGGGAGCAAGAAGAAAAAGAGAGGAGAGCACGGGCUGCAAAGGAGAAGUCGGAGCGAGAGAAGCAAGAGAGACAGCAGCAGAAGAAGAGGCGGUUGCUCGAAGUCAAUGCAGAAAACGAUGAAACUGGUGUGAUGGAUAGUUUGCUGGAAGCUCUACAAUCAGGAGCUGCAUUCCGAGACCGCAGAAAGAGAGCGCCAAGGCCCAAAGAUAACCAGAACCGGAUGAUCAGCCCCGGUUCCUUCCGCCAGGUUCUCAGACCCAUUGACCAUGAGAGCAACAGGACGCCUUUACAGAGGUCUCGCUCUCGCGACAGAGUGAAUCUGAGCUCUUUCGCGACGAGUGCUCCGGCUGCCAAGGAAGCUCGCGGUGAGGGUGAAGGGGUUCCGUCAGCAGCACCACCGGCGAGGCCUGUCACCUGCUCAGCGCCAUCAGAGCCCGGGCGCAGGCACAGGAACGUCCCCGACCACGGCUGCACUCGAGAAAGAGAGAUGCCAGUGCAGAGAGAGGUUUCAGGGCCAAGAGAGAAAGAGUUGAAAGUGGAGCCUGCAGCACUCCAGCUGUCCUCCACUGGUACUGCUUCCAGUAACAGUGCUAAUGUUGAGUCGGAUGUUGAGGCUCUACUGGCGAAGCUCAGAUCUUUGUAAAAGCUGGAUUUUAAGUCUUAUACCAUACUUACGUACGAUACAGAAGAGAAUGUAACAAAACAAGAUAAGAACCUGCUGUCUAACCAAAGAUAAGAUGCAAUAUAAAAGUAUUCCUUCACCUUUUGUACUCUGCUCUUUCACUCUCUUCAUUAUGUUUUUAUGAUUCAAUGUGUGUGUGUUGACCUUCAUAGAGAUUUUCCUGUUCUUGUUCAGAAAUAUAUAUAUACUGUUCUUUUGUACUACUCUGAUGUCUGUUUGCUGUCAAAAAAUAUUUUAUUAAUCUGUGAAUUUUAUAUCCAAAUUUAUAAUAAAAAUA